CGAAAGGCCCUGCAGCCAGCUCCCCGCUGGUUUGGGAGCCAAGCGAGUGGGUGACAGGUCGCUCCCGGCUGGGAAGGUUGUCCAGCAAGUCAGGACUGGGUUUCAGGUCAGACGGACCAUGCCGAGAGACAGGAGGGCAGAGCUGUGCCCAGGACUGCUCCUCAGGACCUGAGCUUGGACCCAGAGUUUUCAGGGGGAGGCGAUGUCCCUGAGGGAACAGAGGUCUCUGGUCUCAUCUUAAGCACUGCUGGAUCCCAUGUGACAUCAACAGCCCUCUGCUGCUGCUGGGAGUUCUGAGCUGGGCGCUGGGGCAGGGCCGGCGCCAGGCACAGACACUUCGGCCCUUGUUGGGAGAACAGAGAGAGGCUCUCUUGUCCACUGCCUGUCCUCCGGCUCCAACUGCUGGUUCCCUCCAGGGCCUCUCCUCAGGCUGUGCAGAACCCACCUGAUCACGGUUACAGAAUGGACUCCAGCCCGACGGGCAGCCCCAGUCCUCAGCCCUCAAGGGCCAAUGGGAACGUCAACCUGGGGCCUUCAGCCAACCCAAAUGCCCGGCCCACCGACUUUGACUUCCUGAAAGUCAUUGGCAAAGGGAGCUACGGCAAGGUGCUACUGGCCAAGCGCAAGUCUGACGGGAUGUUCUACGCAGUGAAGGUGCUGCAGAAAAAGUCCAUCUUACAGAAGAAAGAGAACCACAUCAUGGCGGAGCGCAGCGUGCUUCUGAAGAGCGUGCAGCACCCCUUCCUUGUGGGCCUACGCUACUCCUUCCAGACGCCCGAGAAGCUCUACUUUGUGCUCGACUAUGUCAACGGGGGAGAGCUCUUCUUCCACCUGCAGCGGGAGCGCCGGUUCCUGGAGCCCCGGGCCCGGUUCUACGCCGCCGAGGUGGCCAGCGCCAUUGGCUACCUGCACUCCCUCAACAUCAUUUACAGGGACCUGAAACCAGAGAACAUUCUCUUGGACUGCCAGGGACAUGUGGUACUGACGGAUUUUGGCCUCUGCAAGGAGGGUGUAGAGCCCGAGGAGACCACAUCCACGUUCUGUGGCACCCCCGAGUACUUGGCUCCAGAAGUGCUCCGUAAAGAGCCUUAUGACCGGGCGGUGGACUGGUGGUGCUUGGGGGCCGUUCUCUAUGAGAUGCUGCAAGGCCUGCCACCCUUCUACAGCCAAGACGUGUCCCAGAUGUAUGAGAAUAUUCUGUACCAGCCGCUACAGAUCCCAGGGGGCCAGACGGUGGCCGCCUGCGACCUCCUGCAAGGCCUUCUCCACAAGGACCAGAGGCAGCGGCUGGGCUCCAAAUCAGACUUUCUUGAGAUAAAGAACCAUGUAUUCUUCAGCCCCAUAAACUGGGAUGACCUGUACCACAAGAGGCUGACUCCACCCUUCAACCCAAAUGUGGCAGGACCUGCUGACUUGAAACACUUUGACCCAGAGUUCACCCAGGAAGUUGUGUCAAAGUCCAUUGGCUGCACUCCCGACACUGUGGCCAGCAGCUCUGGGGCCUCAAGUGCAUUCCUGGGAUUUUCCUAUGCACCAGAGGAUGAUGCCAUCUUGGACUACUAGAAGAGAAGCACUCGUGUAACCACUGAAGACAGCUGCUCCCUGCCCCAGGAAUAAUGGGGGAUGAAGCUGGAAGAUCAUGGAAAACACACCUACGACACUAACACAGACCUACUGGAGAUCUAAGCUGGGUCAGGAAGAGUUACCAUUACCCUUUGGCAUGUGCUGAGAACUUUGAAACACUCUGAUUUGAUUUCCAUCAUAGCAGUGUCUGUUGUUUGACAAGUGUAUGGAACAAGAUGUGGUGGGAGUGGCCAAAAUUUCCCCAACUUCCCAAAGCAAAAAGCAACAGAGUGUAAUUGUUGGAAACAUGAUAGUACUGUCACAAGUAUACAACCCACUAUGGGUUGUGAAACACAUAAUGGUUCCAUGUGUUCUAAGACUGUAAAAUCACAAAAUUUUCACCAAGACAGAAAAUAAAAAUGUAGAAAAACUAUGA